GCGGAGUCUCCCAGUACGACUUGCGCCGCGCCAGCAGACAGGCAGGACCCGACCCUGGGAAUAAAAAAAAAAAAAACGCGCAGCCCAGUCUGUUUGAAGAUUCUUUUAUUACCGCAAGGUAGGGCAGUUCAGUCAAUUUCUCCAUGAAUGUACGUCACAAUGAUGAUGACAGACCAGAUUCCACUGGACUUGGCUCCGCCCCGCCUCCUGAGCGCAGACCUCUCUCUCAUGCCUCGCAUGGUUAACAGUGACGCAGCGCAGCAGGUGAUUCUGGUGCAGGUGAACCCGGGGGAGACGUUCACCAUCCGGGCGGAGGACGGCUCGCUGCAAUGCAUCCAGGGUCCUGCUGAGGUUCCCAUGAUGUCCCCAAAUGGAUCAAUUCCCCCAAUACACGUACCCCCAGGUUACAUCUCACAGGUGCUGGAGGAUACCACAGGGGUUCGCCGAGUGGUGGUGACCCCCCAGUCCCCAGAGUGCUACCCUCCCUCCUACUCUCCAGCUCUGUCCCCCACACAUCACCUCCCCCCAUACUUGGCUCACCCCCACUUCAUUCACAACUCUCAUUCUUUCUAUCCCCCUGUAAGCCCGAGCGAGCUGCCACCUCACCAGUACUACCAGCACCACCUUCCACCAAUGUAUGGCGAUCCAGAAAUCAUUCCAGUUUAUGGGAUGUCAAACUACAUCGGCAGAGAAGAGACGUACAGUAAGCCUCAGCCUAAAAAGAUAAAGGAACAGAGACAACUAGAGCGACAGAACCGACUCAAUUCCCCUCCUUCCACUCUCUAUAAGGGCAGUCUUGGGCCAGCACACAACGGAUACAGUAACAAAUCACACGCUCCAUCGCUUGGGUCAGUGGGGUCAGGGGGCGGAGCCAGCAGUCCAGGGGGUAAGAAGCCAGAAAGACGACUCCGCUGCAGUCCACGAAACAGUGAGCCAGAGACACACACACAAGAUCAUGAUUCAGAGGGGAAACGUGUUCAAGACAUGCUGUCUACAAUCGACAAACCACAGGUGUCUGACAUCCAGGCGUGGGCUGCUCAGCUGUCCUGGGCCCCUCCAACUGGCCUGGCAAACAGGCACAGUAACGGGAUGCCUGUCUCCUGCUCCUAUGAGGUCUCUCUCUCAGACAAGGGAAAGGAUGGAAAGUAUCGCCUUAUAUACAGUGGUGAAGAAUUGGAAUAUCAUCUGAAAGACCUAAGGCCAGCAACAGACUACCAUGUACGGGUUUCGGCGUUGUACAACUCGGUUCGAGGCGCGUGUUCAGAGGCCGGCUCCUUUACUACACACUGCAGCGUCCCUGAUGUCCCGUUACCCCCGAAACUUUCUCACCGCACAAAGACCAGCCUCAGUCUACAGUGGAAGCCUCCAGGCGACAACGGAUCCAAAAUCACAAACUACCUGCUCGAGUGGGAUGAGGGAAAGAAGAACAGUGUUUUCAAAGACUAUUACUUUGGGAGCCAGCGACACUGUAAGCUGACAAGGCUGCAGCCUGCCUGUGGCUACACAUUAAGAUUGGCUGCAAAUAAUGACAUCGGCACAAGUGGCUUCAGUACAGAGGUGGUCUUCUACACCACGGGCACCCAGCCUGCUCUGCCCCUUGCGCCGCGGCUGGUCAGGGCAGGGGUGUCCUGGGUGACCCUGGAGUGGGGGCGUCCCGAUGGCAGUCCCAGUGAAGAGCAGCUCAAAUACACACUUGAGAUCCAGGAGGACAACAGCGGAACAGAUUUUUAUCCAAAGUACACUGGAGAAAACUUGACCUGUACUGUACAAGGCCUGAAAAGAAGUACACAAUAUAAAUUCAGGCUGAUUGCCUCAAACGUGGAAGGAAAAAGCAGCCCCAGUGAAGUGUUGGUGUGCACCACCAAUCCAGACAAACCCGGCCCUCCAUCGACACCCAGAGUCGCUGGAGUGACACCCUAUGGCUUCACCGUCAUGUGGGAUCCCCCCCUGGACAACGGGGGCUCAGAGGCUCUUACGUACCUCCUAGAGAUUUCUGAAGGAUGCUCCGAAGCGAGCCAGUGGGAUGUGGCGUACAGCGGCCCUGCAACAGAAUGCGUUUGUGAGCGUCUGACACCGGGAAUGGUUUACUGCCUACGUGUAUGUAGCAUCACCACCGGAGGUCACAGCCCGUGCACUGUUAGUGUUCCAGUCCGUACAUUAAGUGUCCCGCCAGGACCCUGUCAGCCGCCGCGGAUUGUUGGGAAAGCCAAACACAAGGAAGUCCAGUUAGAAUGGGAUUCCCUGGCCUGUGAGGGAGUGUGUGAAGAGUCUGUGUACAGUCUGGAAAUGAGUGAGGGAGAAGCAAAGCCAGAAGAAGUGUACCAUGGCUCGGAGCUGCAGUGCACGGUUGCUAGUUUGCUACCAGGUGCGACGUACAGCUUCAGACUAAGGGCAGCCAAUGAGGCUGGGUUUGGGCCAUAUUCUGAGCCGACAGAUGUGACAACUGCAGCUGGACCUCCUGGUCAAUGUGGGGUGCCACUUAUCACUUUCACGAGUAACACCUGUGUUACACUCAACUGGGAGAGCCCCGAGGGUUCGGGGACGGACAUCUCAGAGUAUCGACUGGAGUGGGCAAAGGAGGAUGAACCCAUGGAGCUCAUUUAUUGUGGCUCUGCCACGCAGUGUGAGCUGUCAGACCUGACGCCUGCCACCGAUUACUGCUGCAGGCUACAGGCAGUGAACCAGGCUGGUGCUGGUCCAUACAGCGAUAGGAUGAGUUUCCGGACCCCGGCAACACAUCCAGACCAGGUCUCAACCCUCACCCUCCUGGACCUCCCGACAUCCUCUGAGGCGGGUUACUCCUCGUCUACUUGCCUUCUCCUGAAGUGGGAAAAGCCACACAGCAACGGUUCGGCGAUCACCUCAUAUAUCAUCUCUGUAGAUGACCAAACUGUCACCGUGGAAUCAGGGUCGAGUCACCUUGUCACAGGCCUGCAGCCAGACACUGAAUACAGCGUGCAGAUUCAAGCAGUGAACGCCAUUGGCUUUGGUCCCUUGAGUCCGCUGCUGGUAGCGAGGACCCGCCCCCUUCCUCCAGCCCCGCCCCCACUCGAAUGCUCAGCCGCAGGACCUCAGAGCCUGAAGCUCAAGUGGGGCGAGAACGCCGGACACACACGUACCCUGCUCUCUGAAGACAUGGUCUACACACUACAAAUGGAAGACAAGAACCACAGGUUUGUGACAAUUUACCACGGCCCCAGCCACACCUACAAAGUUCAGCGACUGAUUGAGUCCAGCAGCUACAGCUUCAGAAUACAGGCCCUCAGCGAUGCCGGGGAGGGUCCUUUCUCUGACACAUAUACUUUCUGCACCACCAAGUCUCUACCCCCCACCCUCAAAGCCCCUAGGAUUCACCAGCUGGAGGGGAACGUGUGCGAGGUGACAUGGGAGACUAUCCCACCAAUGAGAGGGGACUCUGUGAACUACGUCCUCCAGAUGCUGACGGGGCGUGAGUCUGAAUACAAACAGAUUUUUAAGGGAGAAGAAGGUUCAUUCCAAGUCCCUGGUCUUCAGGCAAACACAGACUAUCGUUUCCGUGUCGGCACCUGCCGCCAGUGCCGGGACACACACCAGGAGCUGUACGGGCCGCUGAGCCCCUCCUCUCUGUUCAUGCUCCGCCGCCAGGAGUCGGCAUCGCCGGGAGAGCUUUGCGCUUUAGAAACGGGGAAGGGGGCGGGCCUGAUCUCGAGCGACGAGCGCUUCGCGGCACUGAUCGUGUGUGCGUUUGCCGGUCUGUCCAUCCUCAUCGCCUGCCUGCUACAGUACUUCUUUAUGAAGUGAGGGAAUUUUUAACUAUAGGAUAGAAAGCAAAAUAAAAAUAAAAAAACAAAUCACAGAAAUGAACUUUUACAAAUGUCUAUGAAAGAACGGAUUGAAAUCAAAACACUUGAGGUGUACUUUUAAGGCUAUGUAUGUCGAUUUAUUUUUUUGUAGUCAAGGUAUUGAUUCAGGCUUCUCCAUUCUUCCUCUGCCUUUAUCCAUUUCAGUCAUUUUCUUCUAGACCUCUGUUGUGUUUGUCUCUUUUGUUAAGGAUUUCGGUUGGGGAAAGCCUCAUCUUGGCUGAACCUCAGUUCAAAGAAAGAUGAUAAUCCAGCCUUAAAAUAAGUGAGCAAAACACUUGCUCCUCAGACUGACUUGCAUGUUUUUUUAUUUUAUAUGUCUACAUAUUCAGUAGAAAACAUAUAUAUUUCUCUGCCGUCAUUGCCUUACUUUUUGUUUGCUGCAGUCUGUAUUCAUUCAGCCAUAUUCAAAUGUAGGUCGUUAAAGCUUUAGCUUUUCCUA